UUUCUCUCUCUGUAUUUGGAUUUUAUAUUUCACAUGGACCCUUAUCUGGGCAUCUUCUUCCUCACUCCCUUCUUCCAGUUCUGCUGUGCCUGGUCAGUGAAUAAUUUCCUGAUGACGGGCCCCAAGGCCUACCUCAUCUACUCGAGCAGCGUGGCGGCCGGGGCGCAGAGCGGCAUCGAGGAGUGCAAGUUCCAGUUCGCCUGGGACCGCUGGAACUGCCCCGAGAGGGCACUGCAGCUCUCCAGCCACGGCGGGCUGCGCAGCGCAAACCGGGAGACCGCUUUUGUCCAUGCCAUCAGCUCUGCGGGCGUCAUGUACACGCUGACCCGGAACUGCAGCCUGGGGGAUUUUGACAACUGUGGCUGUGACGACUCCCGCAAUGGACAGCUGGGGGGCCAAGGCUGGCUGUGGGGAGGCUGCAGCGAUAACGUGGGCUUUGGGGAAGCCAUUUCCAAGCAGUUUGUGGAUGCCCUAGAGACUGGACAAGAUGCCAGAGCUGCUAUGAACCUGCACAACAAUGAGGCGGGUAGAAAGGCUGUGAAAGGGACCAUGAAACGGACUUGCAAAUGCCAUGGUGUGUCGGGGAGCUGCACCACCCAGACCUGCUGGCUGCAGCUGCCUGAGUUUCGGGAAGUGGGCACUUACCUCAAGGAGAGGUAUCACAAAGCCCUGAAGGUGGACUUGCUGCAGGGUGCAGGAAACAGCGCUGCCAGCCGGGGUGCCAUCGCCGAGACCUUCAGCUCCAUCUCCAAGAAGGAACUGGUCCAUUUGGAAGACUCUCCUGACUACUGCCUAGAGAACAAGACACUGGGGCUGCUGGGCACAGAGGGCAGGGAGUGCCUGAAGCGGGGCAAGGCGCUCAGCAAGUGGGAGAAGCGGAGCUGCCGGCGGCUGUGUGUUUUUUUGGCAGUGGAGGAGAGGCGAGCCGAGAUGGUGUCCAGCUGCAACUGCAAGUUCCACUGGUGCUGCGCCGUGCGGUGCGAGCAGUGCCGCAAGCGGGUCACCAAGUACUUCUGUGUCCGCAAGGAGAAGCGGGAGCGGAGUGGUGGCGGCGGAGCCAGCCGCAAGCUCAAGAGAAAGCUUUAA